CGUUGUUACAUUCGGAAAGUGACCCAUCAUCCAAAUAAAAGGUGGACUCCUCAGAUGAAGCUUUUAGAUGGAGUAGUUGGAGCAGACUGGUCCAUCAGCUGAGUGAACAUGGACACCCUGUCCAGCCACAGCUCCUACCUCCUGCAGCAGCUGCAGGAGCAGAGGAUUCAGGGUUUGCUCUGUGACUGCAUGCUGGUGGUCAAAGGUGUCUGCUUCAAAGCCCACAAAAAUGUCCUGGCAGCUUUCAGCUCCUAUUUCAGGUCUUUAUUCCAAAACUCCCCCAGUCAGAAGAACGAGGUGUUCAACCUGGUCAUCCAGGAUGUCAGCGGCAUCGGUCAAAUAUUGGACUACAUGUACACCUCCCAUCUUGAUAUCAACCAGGAUAAUGUUCAAGCACUCCUGGACAUUGCUCAGUGUUUGCAGGUUCCAAAUGUUCAGAGCAUGUGCAAUGCUUUCCUCAAGCCUUGUCCUCCCCCAGUGGAAAUCCCGACAUUUUCUCUUCCGGGCAUGCUGAGCUCUGAGCACGACUGCCUCUUGGGGAGCAGUCUUCCUCAUGAUGUUGACCUCCACUGUCCCUCUGAGACCCAGAGGCCUGGCUUCAGCAGCGACAUGGACCACACCAAAAGGAUGCCUGUUUCGGUGCCUAAUAGCGGCUCAAACUGCGACACAGCUAGCAGCACUCAGGCGCCGACAGAAAAACAGCUUGUCCACGGCUACAAGCUUCGUAACUUCUACAGUAAGCAGUACUUCAAACAAAGUGCACUCCAGACUAAUAGUGCAGCCUUAAAUCAAGGCCCAGGCCCUUUGGUUCAGGUGGGAGAGCAGCAGUGUCCGCUUGGGGUCAGCCAGGGAGGCAGCCACACUCCUGUAUGCUCGGGAAACACAGUUCAGCCCAAUCCUCCCUGUACGUCUGUGGCAGUUGAAAAGAACCCUGUCUCCUCUUUAACACCCUCAGAUAAUUUAAACACCCCCAACUCCAACUCAGCAGACUCCAUGCUCAACAAACCAGUGCGCCCAAAGAAGGCUGUGUACUUGAAGAAAUACAACUACCUCCGGUCUCAGAAGGCUUUGGAGGAGAUGUUUGCUGAGUCAGUCACCGACCCUGUCCUCAGCUGUCCCAAAGAGAGUCAUCAAGAAGAGUCUGUGGUCCAGACUGAAGCUCCAGAGGCUCCUGUUGAGGACCUUAACGCAGACAGGGAGCAGGUUACAGAGACAGUAACAGAUACACAACUUCCCAGUCCUCCACCUGUGAACCAAGAAGAGCAAAAUCUGAAAACCGCACCAGAGCCACAGCAGCAGACAGGAAGCAAGCAGUAUUGUUGUGAUGUGUGUGGGAAGGUCUUCAAACACCCCAGCAACCUGGAGAUGCACAAACGCUCACAUACCGGUGAGAAGCCCUUUCAGUGUAACGUUUGUGGGAGAAACUUCUCACAGGCUGGAAAUUUACAGACACAUUUGCGGAGACAUUCUGGAGAGAAACCAUACAUCUGUGAAUUAUGUGGUAAAAGCUUCACUGCAUCAGGGGAUGUCCAUCGUCACAAAGUGGUCCACACAGGAGAGAAGCCACACCUGUGUGACAUAUGUGGUCGAGGAUUUAACAACUUGAGUAAUCUCAAGGAGCACAAGAGGGCUCACGCCACAGACAAGACACUGACAUGUGACCAGUGUGGAAAAUCCUUCAACACGCACAGAAAGCUUGUGAAGCACAAGGCCCGCCAUGCUGGGGAAAAACCACACAGCUGUGCCACCUGCGGAAAGUGUUUCGUCGGCUCAGGGGACCUGCAGCGCCACAUAAGGUCACACACUGGUGAGAAGCCCUAUGUCUGUAAUGCCUGUGGAAAGAGCUUCACCCGUUGUGCCAUGUUGAGGAUACACAGCAACAUGCACUGUAAGGGGGCUCCAGCUGACAGCCAGGUCACCAACAACUCUGACCCACCUCGCAGCUCAGAUGGAGCAGCCUCGUUCCCCAAACCUGUCAGCCACAGUAAACCUCCUGCUGCAACCAAUGAGCAGCAUUUCCCUACCAUGAUGUCCCAUGCAGGCUUAGAGAAACCUUCCCCGCCUACUCCUUCACCACCACAGCCAACACCACAUAUAGAGACUCCACCUCCCAGCAUGCACCUCAGCCCAGCUUCUACCCCAACCCCACUUCCAGAGCUGCGCUCGCUGGUACCCCAUCACCUCCUCUCCUCCAGCCACCAGGACAGAAGUGCAGCCCUGACCGCCACAGACCGCAUGAAGCUUACCAAACCUCACCUGUCUCAGGAGGCUGUGUACGGGCCGUACGUGGAGAAUGGGAAUGUGUCAGUGGAGAUGGGCAGAGGUGCGGUGGGGAGGCCCUACCUUCCUUCCACAGACAGUCACUGCAGUUCCCUGACUUCUUCUAGCAGGCCCAACAGUGGGUCGUACAGGUCCACUGAGGGCCAGUUUAUCUCCAGUGUGACUCUGUGGGGCCUGGCAAUGAAAACUCUACAGAAUGAUAAUGACAUGGAGCAGUAACAUUUCACAUCCUAUAAACAUGUUAGAUAAGCACAGCAGAGCCUCCUCAGUUUUUGUUGAUGUUUAUUUUAUUCGACUGUCACCACUUGACUCGAUUGCUUAAAUUGACUUUUAACACAAAAUGAUAGCUCAGCUCAGGUGAUGAUGUUAACAUGAAAUGGUAAUAAUUUGAAUUAUUUAUAAGUAAUAAGGUUUCGUUUGUGUUUACAGUUUUCACCAUUACUCAAAAUCAAAAUGAGUGCUUCCUAGUUUUAAUUAAAUUUGUCAUGAAUCUGAGAAAGUCAUAAGAACUGCUGUUGCGCAGCUCUUAAAACUUCCAAGUGUCACACCCCAGUGAUGUCACAGCAGGUCUUUCCUCCAUCAGAUGUCAUCACAUGUAUCAGUGUUGAAUAUUAGAGCCCACAGAGAGCAGUGCAGCAGCAGUAUGUUGCCCUCUGUGAUUAAACAUCCCAGAAUGCAUCUCACCUAAUAAAAGUGUCUCUUUCACUUUGUACAUACUGCACUGCACUUUAAGAUGGAAAAACGCAGACCUAUUUUCAACUAUCAGUGUCAAGUUUCAGUGUAUUAUAUUCAUAGAAGAAUAAAAGA